AGCCAACCAUGUGCACAUGAAAGAGACUGACUUACAGGAAUCCGCUCCUGAAAGCCCAGCUUGGCCCGGGGCCAACUUCCACUUUAUUCUGGAUGUUUUCACUUUCAGGGCAUCUUGUUCUGAGUCAAGAUUCCUCCUUCUGGACAUGGGACUUUCCAGAAGGACAGCAGCUCCUUCCGUGUAUCCCCGUGGCUGGGGAUAUUCUGAGUUUUGGUUGUCAGGGGAGUUCACCUGCUUCUCUGGGGAAGGAUGGUCAUGAGAUCCCUGUGGAGUCUGCUUCUCUGGAAAGCGCUACUUCCUGCUGUAGCGGCUGGGGCCCAAGUGCUCAGCAAGGUGGGAGGCUCAGUACUGCUGAUGGCAGAGCAUUCCCCUGGCUUCCACGUCCGUGAGGCCAUCUGGCUAUCUCUCUGGCCUUCGGAAGAGCUCCUGGCCACGUUUUUCCGGGGCUCCCUGGAGACUCUGUACCACUCCCGCUUCCUGGGCCGAGUCCAGCUGCACAGCAACCUCAGCCUGGAGCUCGGGCCUCUGGAGACUGGAGACAGCGGCAACUUCUCCGUGCUGAUGGUGGACACUGAGGGUCGGGCCCGGACCCAGACCCUACAACUCAAAGUGUACGAUGCAGUGCCCAGACCUGUGGUGCAAGUGUUCAUCGCUGCAGCAGGGGUUGCUCAGUCCCCCAAGACCUGCCAGGUCUUCUUGUCCUGCUGGGCCCCCAACAUCAGCGACAUUACAUACAGCUGGCGACGGCAGGGGACCGUGGACCUUGGUGCGGAACCACACAGCCUCUUCACAGAUGGACAGGUGCUAAGCGUUUCACUGGGACCGGGAGACAAAAGUGUGUCCUAUUCCUGCAUUGUCUCCAACCCUGUCAGCUGGGACUUGGCCACUGUCACCCCCUGGGAGAGUUGCAGUCAUGAGGCAGCACCAGGGAAGACGUCCUACAAAGACAUGCUGCUGGUGGUGGUGCCCCUCUCGCUGCUCCUGACCCUGGUUGGUCUUUUCUCUGCCUGGCACUGGGGCCCCUGCUCAGCAAAAAAGAAGAAAGACAUCCGUGCUGACAGAGAGCCUCCAGAGACAGAGAGCCCCCUUGUGCAGGAUCUGCCUUGAAGGACAAUCCAAGCUGACACCUGAAUCAUCAGGGACCCCCCUGCCCAGGCAUGCGAUGCUGGGACAUAGCUGGUACCUAGAAACACCCAUGGUUCUCAUACCUCACACAGGACUCCCGUCCUGCCUC